GAGGGUUCAACUGUAUUCAGACCUUUAUAUAGUCUAUGAUUCAGACCGGAGAUCUCUACGGACUCACUCCUGCACGACUUAUUAUUUGCCAUGGCCUCUCCACUGAAGAGUCUGGUUAUUGACGAUAACAGGUACCAGAAAUCCUUCCAGCUUUUUCUGGAGCGCUCCUCCGAGCAUCAGUGUAUGCAGGACUUCAUCCACAACACGCUGCCAGAUAUACUGGCAAGCAUUGGAGAUGGAAAGUCCCAUCUAAAUGUCAUUGGAGUUGGAAGUGGAGCUGGUGAGAUUGACCUCGAGAUGCUCUCCCAGCUCCGUCUGAAGCACCCAGGGGUGACGGUGGAUAAUGAGGUGGUGGAGCCUAGCAGCAUGCAGCUACAUCAGUACAAAGUUAUGGUGUCACAGAAACCAAAUUUAGAUUACAUCAAAUUUACCUGGAACAAGAUGACUUCCUCCGAGUUUGAGGAGCAGUGGAGAGUGAAAAAGAUGACUAAGAAGGCUGACUUCAUUCACAUGAUACAGAUGCUGUACUAUGUGAAGGAUCCUAGAGCUACCAUCGAGUUCUUCCAGAGCCUCCUCGACAAGAAGGGGAAGCUUCUUAUCAUCCUAGUAUCUGGUGAGAGUGGUUGGGGAAAGCUGUGGCGGACCUACAGGAGCCAGCUCUGUAACACAGAAAUAAGUCAGUGUGUCACCACUGGAGACAUGAAAAGCUUUCUGGACUCCAAGGGUGUGAGCUACCAGAGCUAUGAGCUGCCUUCUCAAAUGGAAAUCACCGAGUGUUUCACAGAGGGGGAUGAGAAGGGAGAGCUGCUGCUUGAUUUCCUCACUGAGGUGUUGGACUUCAGUAACACAGCCUCUCCUGAGCUCAAAGCCGGUGUCCUGGAGUUACUGCAGCACCCAGACUGCAGCAUGGAGUCCAACGGCAAAGUUAUCUUUAACAACAACCUUGGGGUCAUAGUCAUAGAUCCGCAAACUUAGAAACAAGUGCUUAAAGGUGGGGUAGGUAAUUUUGGAGAAACCAGCUCGAGUGCAUUAGAAUUUGAAAAUACACAGCCUGAAGA